CUCAGCUCUCGUUGAGUACGCAUCUACAUCUCUAUUUCUCUAUAACUCGAACUCGAACUUAAACUCCAUAACUCGCCUCUCGAAAACCCCCGAUCUCGAUAUAUCGAUCUCGAUCAUUACCGGAAAUUAAAACUUACACUCGAACUUUCUAAAAUGGCCGCCAACUACAAGAGCUGCCCGCUGAAGAAGCGCCCCAUUGUCUUCGUGGAGGAGCGUCUGCCGCAAACGGAGGCCUUGGCUCUGACCAAGGACUCGCAGUUUGCCCAAGAUCAGCCCCAGGAUCUCUCUCUGAAGAGAGGACGCGAGGAGGAGCCCCUGGAUUACCAACAGCCCGAACCGAAACGUGACUACGUGCUGAACCUCUCCAAAACACCGGAAAGGAUCUCCUCGAACUCGUGUUUGCUUUCGCCGCCAGCGGAAGACCAGGAUUACCAGCCCACCAACAUCCACAUGCGAGGACUCACAGCUGGAACCACUGGUUACACCACCGCCAGUCCCUCGGUGAAUCCCUUCCAGUCCGCCUUUGUGAUGGCCGCCGGAUGCAACCCAAUCUCGGCUCUGUGGAGCAGCUACCAGCCCCAUUUGGCCGCCUAUCCAUCGCCGGCCAGCUCGAUGGCCUCGCCGCAGUCGGUCUACAGCUACCAGCAGAUGACGCCGCCCUCCAGUCCGGGAUCCGAUCUGGAAGCCGGCUCCGAGCCGGAGGAUCUGUCCGUGAGGAACGACAUUCCCCUGCCAGCUCUGUUCCACCUCUUCGACGAGGCCAAGUCCAGCAGCAGUGGCGCCAGUGUGAGCAGCUCAUCCGGAUACUCGUACGCUCCGGCCAUGAGUGCCUCAUCCCAGAAUGUGUCCUCGAAUCACGCCAAGAACUAUCGCUUCAAGUGCGACGAGUGCCAGAAGAUGUACUCCACCUCGAUGGGAUUGUCCAAGCAUCGCCAGUUCCACUGCCCCGCAGCGGAGUGCAACCAGGAGAAGAAGACGCAUUCCUGCGAGGAGUGCGGCAAGCUGUACACCACCAUUGGAGCCCUCAAGAUGCACAUUCGCACCCACACUCUGCCCUGCAAGUGCCCCAUCUGCGGCAAGGCCUUCUCGCGUCCCUGGUUGCUGCAAGGACACAUCCGCACCCACACGGGCGAGAAGCCCUUCCAGUGCCCCGACUGCCCGCGAUCCUUUGCCGAUCGCUCCAAUCUGCGAGCCCAUCAGCAGACCCACGUGGACGUGAAGAAGUACGCCUGCCAGGUGUGCCACAAGUCCUUCUCGCGGAUGUCCCUCCUGAACAAGCACUCCAGCUCCAACUGCACCAUCACCAUUGCGUAGGACUACUCACUUUAAAAACAUCCUUCGGCAAGACUAAACAAAAAACAUUCCGCUGGCGAAGACCAAACAAACAGACAAUAACUAAGAUUAGCCUGUACUAAGUCGAUUCGGUUUUGGUGCUACUAUUAUUAUAUUUAUUUCAUUCUUAGUAUUCCUAGUUUAAUUCAUGUAUAUUGCCUCAUUGUCACACGCAGCAUUUGACCAAAUCUAUUCAUUUAAUUAUUAUCCUAAUUUAUAUACUCUCAAUAUGAUUAAGAAAAUUGUUGUUAAGAUUAUUCCUAGUUUUAAGAUAACAAAUAUUUUUAUAAAAAUAAAAUAUACAAAAUCAUAAAAGAAA